UCUUCAGUACACACAAACUCACUAGUCGUCUCUAGCUAACCAUGACAUCUCUUGUAGAGAAAAAACUCUUCAAAUCACUCUUCUCAUUCUUCCUUCUAGUUCUACUCUUCGAUACCGUUUAUUCGUCCCGAAAAACAUUGGAUCAGAAAAAACCAUGCAAACAUUUCUCCUUCUACUUCCAUGAUAUCCUCUAUGAUGGCGACAAUGUAGCAAACGCAACGUCAGCCGCUAUCGUGAGCCCUCCUGGAUUAGGAAACUUUAAGUUUGGUAAGUUUGUGAUCUUUGACGGCCCCAUAACAAUGGACAAGAACUAUCUAUCGGAACCCCUGGCUCGUGCACAAGGCUUCUAUUUCUAUGACAUGAAGACAGACUACAAUGCGUGGUUUUGCUACACCUUGGUGUUUAACUCGACGGAACACAAAGGUACACUGAACAUAAUGGGUGCGGAUUUGAUGAUGGAGCCGACAAGAGAUCUAUCGGUCGUCGGUGGGACUGGUGAUUUCUUCAUGGCUCGUGGGAUCGCUACCUUCGUGACGGACAUAUUUCAAGGGGCGAAGUAUUUCCGUGUUAAGAUGGAUAUUAAACUCUAUGAAUGUUACUAAGUAAUUUAUGUGUUUUAUUUUUGCAAUUUGUGUUGACACAGAGAUAAAAAUGUGUUACUAAUAAUUAAGUGUUUUUUUUGUUUUGUUUUAAUGUGUGUGCUUUUUAAUUCAUAAUUCAUGUUGCCCCAAUUGUUAGAAGCAGUAAUGAAAAAACACAAUUGGUCUA